AUUCAGCAGCAACUUCAACCAGUACGCCAACGAAAACUUCAACUCCAAAAUUCAACAGACUGUAGUGUCUUGCCAUUCAAUUCAACGCACUUCAACAUCAGGUCGGUUUCUACAAAAGGCCAAGGUACCAACACAAAUCUUGCAAGUAACACACGCACCUACUCGACUCCAACAUCCGACUACAUCAUGGACCCAUCUACACCCAACAACAAAUCUAUGCGCCAACCGAUCAACGACGUUGAUAGCAGUCCUGAGACUGAGGGCUCCAGCUCCUCAACCCCAUUUACCACUCCAUCUUCAACUCCUGCGGAUCUGAUCCGCAAGCUCGCCAAACACGAUCUGACCGUGUUCGACUUGCAGGAUGUCCAUGACCUACUCGUCGAGAUCGCCAAGGAUGCAGGCAAGAUCAUGAUCCAGGCUGAGCACGAGGUGCUUCAAGCAGCGGGUCAGAAGAACAACUCGAGCGACAUCGUCACUAAGUACGACCAUGAAAUCGAAGUCAUGGCAAAGGAGCGCGUCCAAUCCGCUUACCCAACCUACGAUUUCUUUGGCGAGGAGACCCACAAGGAGGGCACCAAGCUCAGUGACGGGCCAACAGUCGUUUGUGAUCCCAUCGACGGGACUCUAAACUUUAAGAAGGGUGUGCCCAACUGUGCGAUCUCGCUGGGUUUCACUCUCGACAAGAAGCCUGUUGUUGGUGUUGUAUACAACCCUUUCCGCGGCGAUAUGUACACCGCCAUCAAGAAUCAGGGCGCAUUUCUGACAAAUGCUACCAACACGCGCAUUCGACUUCCCCAACACCCCGUCGCGCCCCCAAUGCCUGACCUCCAGUCAUGCCUCCUCUGUGUUGAAUGGGGCAAUGAGCGUAAAGGCCCCAACUGGGAGACACGUCUGCACGUCCACAACAAGCUGCUCACUGACAAGAGCGAAGGCGGCGCCAUGUGCAAAUCCGUCCGUUCAAACGGAUCCGCGGCGCUGGAUUUCUGCUACGUCGCCCAGGGGUUUCUUGAUGCAUUCUGGGAGGGCGGUGUGUACAUUUGGGACGUGUGCGCCGGCUGGAUCAUCCUUGAGGAGGCUGGUGGCAUCGUUGCCAGUGCGAAUCCGGGCGAUUGGGAUCCUACGCUGGAGGGCCGUUUGUACUUUGCUGUGCGACAGGCGCGGCGUGAAGAGCAGGAGGGGAUUGUGAAGGAACUGUGGACGAUCAUGGGAGAUCGCAAGUUCGUGUAUAAGAAGCCUGCAGUCCAGGACGCACAGGUUGAGGACUCGCAAGUUUGAGAUAUACUGCGCCUAGGACAAGGCGGCUGAGCUUGGAUAGAGAUUUCACCACUCGAGAUGUGUUACUUGCGAUGUUGGUGAAGGAUUAGGGGCGGCUCUGUUUUUUCUCGUUUCGUUACGGUUUCUAUGGAAUGUAAUGUGUGGCGUUCGUUUAUAGAGAUAGGGGUUUUGAUGCUUUUCAGUAUACCCUGUAUU